AUGGAUGAGUUUUGCGUCCGUCUCCUCUCCUACUUCGAUCGCGGCAUGGACGGCAAGCCCGGCCGCUGGCCUCACUCACUCCCUUCCCCCGAGUACAUGGCGGGCGCCGGCUUCCGCUUCCAGAGCGACCCGAAAGACAAGGGCGACAUCGUCACUUGCGACUUUUGCAGAAUGCAGGCGUGGGCCUGGGAGCGAAAGGACGACCCGUUCGCGCAUCACAAGGAGUCUAAGGGCUGCGAGUUCAUCGACAGUGACAUCUUCCACCAGCAUCAUGACAGCUUCCUCCGUAAGAAGUCUGAGGGCCACAAAGCGGCGGACUCUCUCUCCAGCCCCCCUCCUACUCCAACGAAGAAGUCACACAAGCCUCGCCGCAAGUUGGUCUUGUCCCCCAUCGUCACCGUCUAUGACAGCGUGUCUACCGAGGAAGCGGACCGUAAGACCGUCAACGACAACAAGCCUGUUGAGAUCGCGGUCUCCAUUGGACAAACCAAGAUCGUGAUCCAGGUCAUUGACGAUAGCGAGAGAGGCACCAAGAGAAUCCGCCUCGAGUGA